AUGUAUGUGAAAUGGUUUGAUACAGUAAUGUUUUACUAUGUGAUUUUAGUGUAUUUAGUGAAUGUCACUUUUUCACAUUUUAACAUUUCCCGCCAGUUCCGUCCCCGUACGUCCUGACAUCGCAGGGAACGGAACCCAGAAGACAGAUGCUGGCAUCAGCCGGAGGACAUUGCCGGGGACACUGCAGGAGAGAAGGACAAGGUAAGUACAGAAGGGAUCCCGGAGCAACUCUGCAAGGUAUUCAUGAGUGUAGCUCGGGGUUACCGCUUGUGCUACACUCGGGAAUACCUCUAGGGAGGUUA